AUGCAGUCGACGCUAUCGACUCGGUCCACCACUGUGCCGGUACUGAUGUUCACGACCAAAGCCAGCGCUUACGACACAGCUGGCAAAGCCCCUGUGCAAGCAAGGACAAACCACAGUUCGAGUUCUUCUUCGCUCAUGCGCAAGCCUCGCCACCGAAACUCAACGCGGGAUCGCGAGAAGGCAGAGCUCUCUACGCUGAGGGGGCUCGUCCCCGAGCUGGAGGCCCACUUAGCGGUGCUGCGUCACGGGGAACCGCCCCAAACGGGGUCGAGAUCAGCGUGGCGGUGCUUCUCCGAGCGCCAAGCCCGCGCCCGACAAACAGCAGAGUGCACUAACCGAGUGCUCAAUGGUCAGGUGCAGAGCAACGCCGACUGGAUCCAGCGCCUCUGGGAGCUCCUGUGCGAGAAGCGACGGGCUGCGGCGGUCCCCCAAUUACCGACCGUGUUCGCGGCAAACGGCGUUCGGCUUCUGCAUGGAGACGACCUGGAGCGAGACUUAUGGUCUAACGUGCAAACGGGGGAUUCCCAGUCCACCUUGGUCUGUGUACGCCGCGUGCCCUUCGAUAUGCACUCGACGUCGGCGGCAAUUUGGACGACCCUCUCGUGUCCGGACAGGAGCUUUGCGUCGGAGGAGAACUCAGCCCACGACGUCACGCCAGUCGCUCGUGUGCUAGAGCGAUCUCCAAGUACCUGCGCGAUGAAGUUCCAGGGGGCGACAGAAGUGAAACCCGGUGAGUUGACGCCUCUCAACUACCACGCCGUCGUCCGGCAGUCCUUCUUCGAGCUCGCGGAUCGAGGCAUUUCGCACUGCGAUACAUUGUGGGCUGCCGUGACGCGAAGUCCGAAGGGUGGCUUGGAAUCGACCGUCACGGUUGUGUGCCAGUCUCAAGCGGAAGCGGGGGCUCAAGCAAAGGGUGCGAGCAACUUGUUAGUCUCGAUCAUGACAGCGACCGAUGCGUGCGUUGAAAGCAUCCUUUCGAGCGCGGACAACAUUUUGUUCGAGGAGAACUGA